UUGGAGAGUACAGUUAUCCCUCAUGGUUGUAUGAUUAACAGGCUGGGUUAACACAGUGAAGCAAAAAUUAUAAAAGGAAGCAGAAAGAGAAUGCUGCCACUGUCAUUGUUGAAGACUGCUCAAAAUCACCCUAUGCUGGUGGAGCUGAAGAAUGGGGAGACAUACAACGGUCACCUAGUGAGCUGUGACAACUGGAUGAACAUCAACCUGAGAGAAGUCAUCUGUACAUCUAGGGAUGGAGACAAGUUCUGGAGGAUGCCGGAGUGCUAUAUCCGAGGGAGCACCAUCAAGUACCUGCGCAUCCCCGACGAGAUCAUCGACAUGGUGAAGGAGGAGGUGAUGUCCAAGGGCCGCGGGCGCGGGGGCAUGCAGCAGAACAAGCAGCAGCAGAAGGGCCGAGGAGGAGGGGCCGGCAGAGGUGUGUUCGGGGGCCGAGGGCGAGGCAUUCCUGGAGCUGGGCGAGGACAGCAGGAGAAGAAGCCAGGCAAACCACCAGGAGGGAAGAACCAGCACUGAGGAGGGACUUGGAGAUGACGGGAGUCUGCCUUCACGGACUGCAUGGGCCCCUGAGCUGCAGGCCGAUUCAGAAGCCGCGAAGGCUGGGCCGUUGUCGAUGCACAGCUGUAUGAGCCACUCCGAGCCUUGCGUUGGUUUUUGCCCGCAUAUGAGGAGCGACUCCGAUCUCAAGCAGCGCGUGUCAAUAAAAGCAUCAAAGAUUCGACAUUUAAAAAUUACUUUUGCUGUUUUAUCCCUUAGGCUCUGACUGGCAUUAUUUUUGUUGAAGGGAGAUUUUGUCUUUUCUUCCACUUUUUGGUUGCUCUCUGACAGCUUUUUUGGUUACUUGUAAUCCCAUCCAUAGUCCUUGUUUCUUUGUGAAGUAGUUAUUCAGUGGUUUUGUGAAUGACUUAUUCAUUUGUUGUAGAGAUGACUUUGAGCUGUAAUAAUGAAAAUGAUGGCUCUGCUUCCUGGGGAAUCGCAGUCUAUGAUGACACCAAGAGAGAGUUCCUGAGUGAUUAAAAAUGGAGCAGUCAUUCUUUACAUGAUCCAGUAUGAUCUCUGGCACACAAGUCUAGACUAGGUGCAAAUGCCGUCAUCUAAACUGAAAAGCAGAACCUGGUGUCGCUUAGACUGCUGUGCAAUUUAAGAAAAUAUAGCUUCUGAUUUUUUUUGUUCAUUGUUAUUACUAAUAAUGUAGUAUUAUAAUAGCAAAAGUCCUCGAAGAAAGGAUAUGAAGUCUACUUUUUUGGAAAUGCCAGUCUUAUAAUUGUAGGUGGCACCUGUCCAACAUUUUUCGGCAGAAGAAUUAGGUUUUGAUAUCGUUAAACACCACAAAAAAAGUUCACAGGUAUGGAUGGCGAUAUAAGAUAUACGAUGAUCUUGCUUUGAGGGCUUUGGUUAAUUUGACAUAACUUAGCAAAGGAGUGGUUCUAACCGUAGAAUUGCAGGCUUAUAAGGAGGGUUUGUAUUGUUAAAAGUGGAACUUCAGAAAAUGUGAGAAAUGCAAUCUUAUUUGAAGGAAGAAGUAGUAUGCUUUGGCCAUUUUCUUAUCCGGGCUAUUAAGGAUAAAUGCUCUUUUCUGAUUUCGUUGGGAUGUGCAUACUUAUAUAAUGGAUAUUUUAUUUGAAAAAAGACAGCAGAGGGAAAAGGUAGCUAUGGAUAGCUUGUUUUGUUAAUGGAGUAAAAUGGAUUUUUAUUAAAAUCACUCCACAGAAGUAAAACUCUUAAAAGAUCAUCCAUUCAACUGCUCAUUACCCCAAAGACCUUGCAAGGUAAUGGAUACUCUAUUGCUCUACCUUUUGUUUUCAACACUGUAUUGGAGUUGAGAAAAUUUGCCCCCAUCAUUUGGCAUAUAGAGCAUGUGUCUAGGAAAAGUCACUUUGUUUCUCGAAUGUUGUCCUCAAGUAUCAAAAGUUGUUCUGGCUUGCUUCUUACUCUUUUUAUAGUAUCAAAUUCCAGGUUCUGAAUGCAUGUUUGAAAUGUUCUCUUGAAAGCCUGUUUUUUUUUUUAGUGAAUCAUGGGAGUGUGAUUUCGCAACACAGUGUUGUUAAGUGCACUCCACAGAUUGAAGGCUUAACCCUGUCUCAUCCUUAAUCAGCUGCAAAACAAUCCACAGUGUAUAUGUCCGAGACCUUUUGUAAUACAAGAUUACAUCUUCUUGGCUUUGAAUUCAAAAUUUCUGAUAAAGCACUCGGAUGCCGGUAAGAAAUAUACCACCAUUCAUGUUCUAAUUCUGACUCUUCUCCAAGGGCAAAAUUGAGAUGAUUAAAAAAAUUCUGUAUGCUUUCUGCUAAGUUUUGACUGACCAGAUUUGAUUGCUGAAUUCUCCUUGUGUUUGCUCUUUUCAAAAAGGCUUCACCCAUGCGAAGCUGCGUUUUCGUUACAUACCUUCAACAAAAAGGGCCUCUCUGAUCCAGACAGGUUAAUGCCUGGCUAAUCAGCCUGUCCUGUUCGAACAUCCACAUUCGGAUGUAACAUUUUUCGGGGAGGAAGAGGAAAAACAUUAUUUUACUGGGUUAUCGCUGGUAGCUCCUGCAGAGCUCUGACAGGCUUUGUCACGUGAGCCAGAUCACCAUGCGUGGAAUCUGGUGUGCUAGCUUGGACCUGAAGUCUCCCAGCAGCAGAUCAGGCUUGGUUUUUACCUGCCUGUCUGGAUGGAAAGUGCCCAAGGGCUGGGUGGACAAUGUUUUCAGGAAGGAAUCCCUAAACUGUGUGUACUUCUUUACUCAGGAGAAGUAUAAACAAUCUUUUUUUUUUGCUUAAAAAAAGUUAAGUUGACUCCCAAGGGUUGGUACAUGACUCAUACAUUCUGUGCACUCAGCUGUGUUCACCGAGAGGAUACUCGCAUAAUAAAAGCCAGCAGGGCCAAGGGUGUGGCGAGCUGUGCCGUUGUGUGUGAGUGAGUGAGAGCAGCUCACUGCUUUUCUGUAUAAAGGAUACAUUUGUUCAGAUAUCCCUCCACCCUUUUGUCUUCACUGGUCCGUUGAACCAGCUUGAAAUCUUUUGCUUAAAUGUACUCCCUUACAAUUCCAAGAAAUGGAGUUUCAUUUUGAUCUUUUUUUUUUGGCACGUUCUUGUUUUUUUCACCUUCAUGUGUGAACAGGAGUACUAAAAAUCUUGUUUUGUAAAUGUUGGCGAAGGGUUGGAGGUCUUUUUUUAAUAAACAGGAAAAAAAGCGAACUAG